GAGGCCAGCUUCCGCAAGGCUGUAAAUGAUGAAGAGGUCCCUGUUAAGAUGAAACAUGUGAGGAAUCUCAUCAUUGGAACCUUCACCGAUAAGAGUGCAGACCUGUUUUGGCGAAAUGUGGCUCUCAAUCCUCCAAUAAACACUGAUGUUACAGCCUGGAAAUUCUGCCACUGCCUUCAUGUUGUCUUCCGCGAUGGUCAUCCCAAUGUCCUACGAGACUCACAGCGUCAUGUAAACAGAAUUAAAGACACAGGACAGCAUUUUCGCCAUUUAACACAUGGUUAUGGACGAUUGAUCAGGUUUUAUUGUGACCUGCUGGUGACCAAGUUAAACUUCCACCAGCGUUACCCUCGGUUCCCUGGUGCCCUCACUGUCACCCCAGAAGAACUUGAAGCUUUAGCAGAAAAUGAUGCCAACAAUUAUUUUGAAUUGGCAGUUGAGAUGCUGGAGUAUAUGGAAUGCAUUUUAAAUCUGUAUGAAGCAGUAUUCAGUUCCAUGGACCCAUCCAGGGCAAACUCCAUGACUCGUUCUGGACAGUGCCGCUUGGCACCUCUGAUCCCAAGUAUUCAGGAUUCCUCGUGCCUCUAUGACUGUAUUGUCCGCAUCCUUUUCCAGCUACAUAAAGCAUAUAUAUUAAUGUGUUGGCUCUGUGAGGGCAUGUAUAGUCUGGGUCAAAUGAAAAGUAUGCAUCAUAUUCAACAUGAGCCCUCACAGGUGUUCUCUACAUCUGUUUCUGGAUGCCUUGACAGUGAGUGUGUAGAGGGUAUAACACCUGAUGAUUAUUCCAUAGAUAUUACAUUUUUACUCUUUGGCACAGUUUCUGUGUUUGUAAUGAGUUAUACUUGUCAGAUUCCUGUCCUGACCUUAGCAUUGCUAACUGUAUUAAUGAUUAUGAGCUACAAGGCAUGCCAGCUGCAUGACAGCAGCAGCAGCAGUAGCAACCUCACUUACCAGGGGUGGAGAACUCCUGCAAAGGAAGAAGAUGCUAUAGCAGAAGAUUUUUAUUCCAUGAUUGAUGGAGAUGAUGGCAGUGAGCACAAAGAAUUUUGCAUUUACUGA